AAAUUAAGUUAAAAUGUCUUCAAAAGAAAACGGUUGUGCGGCGAAAGAUUCUUCGGAAUCCCAUCCUUUUGUUUUGGAUGACAUUUUCCUUAAAAUCGGACAAUUUGGAACAUUCGGGGCCCUUCAAUUUUUCCUUGUGUUUAUUUUGGUAGCAUUUCAAACAAAUAUGAAAUACUCGUAUGUUUUCACUGCCGGUCCCGUCGUCUAUAGAUGUCAAGUUCCAGAAUGUGAUGGUUUAGAAAGUUCUUCAUACCAACAACCAUGGACAGAAUUUUCAAUACCUAAAGCUGCUGAUGGUUAUCUCAAGAAGUGUCAACGUUAUAAACCCUUAAACUCAACAAGUAGUGAUGGACAUUACUUUUGUAAUUCUGAGAAUUACAAAAAUGAAUUGGAAAUAGAUUGUGACAAUGGUUUAAUAUUCAGAGAUGAAAAAGUAACCAUCUCCCAUGACUUCAAAAUAUUUUGCUCAGACGAAUGGAAACUUGCAAUGAUUGGUUCCAUAACAAAUUUGGGACAAUUUUUGGGACUAUUUUGGGGUGGAUAUAUUUCUGACAGAUAUGGCCGCGUAGCAGUCUUGACAUAUGGAGGAGUAUCCAGUGCAAUUAUGGGAAUUCUUCGGUCAUUUUCACCAAACUAUUACACUUUUGCCAUGUUAGGAUUUCUUGAUAAUUUCCUAGGUGGAGCUAUUUUCGGAACAACUUUUGUUCUAAUUCUUGAAAGCAUAGGCCCGAAGAUUGGAGUACAUGCUUCUAAUUGGCCAGCAGUGUCUUCUGGAUUUGCUAAAUUUCUAACUGCUAUCGCAGCUAAAAACAUCAAUAACUGGCGGUUAUUGGAGCAAAUUUUUUACAUUCCAGCCUUAGGAUUUAUAGCACUGCCAUGGCUACUUCCAGAGAGCUUUCGAUUGUUACUCUCUUUAGGGAAAGAAGAAAAAGCUAUUAAAGUUCUUCGAAAUGCUGCAAAAAACAAUAAACGCAAACUAUCAGAAUCAAGUAUUGAAAAAUUACUUGAAUUUAAUCGACAAAACUUGGCAGAUGUUCAUGAAACAAAAAAUAACAAAUCUCCCGUUUGGGAUGCUUUCAAAAUAUUCCCUUGGCGAAUAUUGAAUUGUGCCUUUUUAUGGUUUACCCAUGUUUUUUUGUUCUUUGGACUUACAAUUAAUUCGGCUAAUCUUGGUGGAAAUAAAUACUACAGUUUCAUGUUUGCUGGUUUGGUGGAAAUUCCAGGUACUUUGUUGCCAUCACUGACGAUAAAUCGAUAUGGCAGAAGGUAUUCAUUAUUUGGCUUUUUAUUUUUGGCUGGAAGUUCGAUUGGAUUGAUGGCUUUUGUCAGCCCAAGUUCUCAUAAUCUUAUGAUUAUACUGAAUCUUUUUGGGAAAUUAAGUAUCAGUGCAUCAUUUCAAGCUUUGUACAUUUUAACGAAUGAAAUAUUCCCAACAAAUACUCGUAAUUCUUUGGUUUGUUUUUGUUCAACGAUAGGACGAAUAGGGUCCAUCGUCGCACCACAGGCGCCGUUAUUGGUAAAUAGAACAAGUGGGAACCUGGUGAAAAAAGUGGUAACUUUAGCCAGGUUCCCAAUUUUCAAUUUGAAAUAGUACUUGUUUUACUACAAUUUGUUAUUUUUUCACAGGCGAAAUAUUACGUGUCAGGACCGUCGAUUCUUUUUGCAAGCAGCGCGUUCAUAGCAGGGUUUUUGGUUUUUUCACUUCCAGAAACAAAAGGCAGUGUCUUGCCGGCAACUCUGCAUGAGGCAGAAAUGAUUGGAAAAAGAGAAGUCAAUGUCGAAACAGAGACGAAGGACAAGUUGUUGUCUUCAAGAGUUUAAGACGU